UGGCCCCCAGUUCCGCCGGACGUCGACAUGAGCACGUUUGAACUCGAGACGCCGGAGCUCGCAAUCACAGGAAACAGCAUGCUCUACAGAGUCAAAGGGCGCCCGGGCAUAGUCUACAAAGGCAGGGGUUUGGACCGAGAAUACGAACUUCAGAAGGCGGCCGGCGACUGCGCAAUCCCAGUCAGGGGAAGAGUGAUGCUCAAGUCCUACGACGGCGAGAUUAUUUGCAUGGGCUUUCCGAUGGAUCUCGCGACCCCCCUCAUCGUUCCAUGGGUCCCGGCCCCGCCCCCGGCCGCGGUCCUGCCGCCAAAUCGACACCGCGACAUCAUACACCAGAUGAUCCGGCUCAUAGAGCGCCUACAUACCAAGCGCAUCGUGCACGGAGACGUGAGGCUAGAGAACAUGCUUCUCGACAGCCAAGGCGAACUCCGGCUCUGUGAUUUCGGCACGGCCCGGUACGUGGACGAGGACGAGCGUGCCUGGGAGGGGGGUUCAACCUGGCAUUAUGAGUCCCCGAAUAGGCUUCUGAGGAGUGAACAGAUGGGAUGGGACCCAGCACCACCUACAUGUGAGGAUGACUUGUAUGGCCUCGGUCUGAGCAUCUGGCACUUGUACACUGGCAGGAUCCCAAAUGAGGAUCUGGCUGGGGAUGACUUGGGUCUGAAGGAGAGACAACGGAAG